AUGGCUCGGGCGAGAUGUGGCCUGGUGCUGGUGGCCUGGCAGCUUGGUGCUUUGUGGGCCGGCGCCUUCACCGUCUUCCAAGGAAACCUGAGCCAGUCAUGGGGGCGACCUGCCGGACAUACAGUGCGCCGGGUGCGGGAGAGGCGCCGGGCGAGCCCAAGGCGCCGUCCGAAGCAGAGGAGCGCAGAGGGAGGCGCCCACACAACUGCGCAGAUGAUCACAGGCCGUGUCAAGAAUGCCGCCUCGGCAGCCGAAGUGUUGGCUGUGAUGCAGUCGGAGCAUGCAAACCCGGAGAUGAACCUGAUUUCGGUCUCUGCGGCAUGGACUAGGCUUGCACGACUCCAGCGCAGCAUCAGUGGUGACCUGAUAAAGUCUCCAUCAUUUCUGAGUUUUGGCAGAUUGACACAAUCUUUGCUGGAGAAGCCAGCUUAA